AUGCUUCGGGAUCUGCUCCGGGAUCUUGUCAAAUUUGUCCCUUGGGCGGCACUAUUGCCGCUUGUAAGGGCCGAAGGGACUGUGCAGGAUCUUUGGAACUCUCCGCAAUAUCCAGACUAUACCACGAAUUACACGGCCGGGACAACGAUCGAGAUCAGCUGGCAGCAUGCACUCUCAUAUCAAUUCCAAUACUUCUGCGAGAGCUGCGAUGUCACGAAUGUGGAUCUGUGGGUGACGGGGAGUAGUUAUACUCGCAAGCUUGAGGCUGGCAUGAACGUCAAUGAAACAACAAGCUACGAAUGGACCAUCAACCUAGACAAUGCGGACGUUGAGGCCUCAACACAAUGGACAUUCCGGUUCCUCCCCGCCGAUGUUUCCUGGGGCGACAACCAGGAGGAAAUCUCCUCUGCCAGGUUUAACCUCCUACCCAGAUCAGACAGCUCUUCAACAACCACUUCUUCAACCUCCACAUCCACAUCUUCCUCAACGACAGCCACCUCUAACCCCAAUGCAACGCCCACCACCGACAGCGCAACUGACGGUGAAAGCUCUAGCACAGAAAAUCACAACGAUGGUCUCUCCACUGGUGCCAAAGCCGGUAUCGGCGUCGGCGUUAGCGCAGGCGCCAUAAUCCUUGCCGCCCUUGCCUUCCUCCUCUGGCGACGCAUCAAAGCCUUACCAAGCACCAAUGCUGUUGGGCCCGAAGGCCCCAAUGGAGGAUACAGCCAGGUUCACCAGGGAUACUUUGCUGAUCCACCAAUGGUCAAGGCUGCCCCUGUACCUGCAUCUGGUGUGGUUGCUCCGAUGUCCGAAUUGGCAGGAGACCAUGCGGGAGAGAUGGAUGCAGGUGCUGAUGCUCGGCGACCGCCUGUUGAGUUGGACGGAAGUGAGCUUUAUUCACAUCAUGGGCGGUAGUUGUGCCUGCCAAGCAAGCAACAAGUCGCGUCAGGAUAAUAAUCCACAGCGACGAUGAUGCGGCUACGCGUGAUUCUUGGACGCUUCCUAUGUGACACGCAUCAGAUACCAUUCCUCUAUUACUACUUUAAUCAGAAUCUCAGUUGCCGUACCGGUUGUGGUUGCAUGUAUGUUUUUGCUCUAUCGGGUGUUAUUAUGAUACCCAGCCUAUAUUGAUGCAUAUUGAUAACUGCUUUCUUUUCUUUUCCCUCCUCAUCCACAGGGCAUAUAGCUGAUAG